CCGCAGUCUAUACUUAAUGUACGAGUUGUUCACUUAGGUAUUGUAAUCUUUCCUGCUAUUAGUAUACCGCCAGUCUUCUACUUCGUCACCAGCACCGGCUUGCAGAAAGGGUUACACCUGGGUUAGGAUGGAUCACGCAGUGACCAUAGCGCAAGACGUCGACCGGGACAGCACGAACAGUGAUGAAGGCCAAGUGCACCUUGAAGUGGACGAGAAGGACUCGCCCGUCUUCCUCGCAUGGAAAGGGCUAACUGUGAACGCUCGAAGGGCGAAGCGGCCACUCCUCAUAGACGUCACUGGAAAAAUCACAAACGGAUUCUACGCUAUCAUGGGCCCAUCUGGCAGCGGCAAGUCCACGCUGCUCAACACUCUCGCAUGCCGCCUGGACCAGGGCGUGUCGGUGAAGGGGGAGCUCAAGCUGAACGGGCAGGACUACUCCAAUGCGGAGCUCAAGAAGAUCUCGGGCUAUGUCAUGCAGGACGACCUGCUGAAUGCGCAUUUGACGGUGGAGGAGACGUUGAUGUACACCGCUGAGCUCCGCAUGCCCCGCAGCUCCACCCCGGAGGAGCGCACGCAGCGUGUGCAGGAGGUCAUGCGACAGGUCGGCUUGGCCCACGUGAGCGGGGUGAUUGUGGGCAGCCCCGUUAAGAAGGGCAUCAGCGGAGGGGAGCGGAAGCGCCUCUGUGUGGCCAUGGAGCUGCUCACGAAGCCCGCACUGCUCUUCCUGGACGAGCCCACCAGCGGCCUGGACAGUGUGACGGCGCUGUCGCUGUGUCGGCUGCUGCGCAGGCUGGCUGCCAGUCGCACCUGCGUCGUGGUGUGCACCAUCCACCAGCCCCAGGCCAAGAUCUUCCACCUGUUCGACCAGCUCAUGUUGCUCAACCGGGGGGAGGUGGUGUACCAGGGGCCGGCGCAGGGGGCACUGGAGUUCUUUGACCGCUCCGGCUUCCCCUGCCCCGCCUACGAGAACCCCGCAGACCACUUCCUAGACGUGAUCACACCCAACAUGACGGACAGCCUGGAGGACCUAGCCCUCAAGGAGGCGGCCCUGCGGCGGCACUACCAGGCCCCGCCCGUGGAGCACCUGCUGGACAUCCCCAAGCCGCUCAUCCUGCCACGCGACGUCACGCCCUGGCACGUGCAGUUCCGCGUGCUGCUGCGUCGCAGCCUCAAGGAGACGUGGCGCAAGCGUAGCACCUCGUACGUGCUAAUGGCGCAGACGAUUGUGAUGGCGGUGCUGAUUGGCACCGUGUUUUUGAGGAUUGGGACCUCCCAGACGUCGACGGUACGGCGCCAGCCGGUGCUGUUCUUCACGGUCAUUAACCAGGGUAUGUUUGGCGCCCUCAUCGUCAUCAACUCGUUCCCCUCGGAGCGCAUGCUCUCCCUGCGCGAACGCGCCGCGGGCACCUACCACGUGAGCGCCUACUUCCUCGCCAAGAUCACGGCGGAGACCCUCUCGCAGCUGCCCGUGCCUAUUGUCUUCUCCUGCAUUGUGUACUGGCUGGUGGGCUUCCAAGCGGUCGCCUCCAAGUUCUUCAUCUUCAUGGGCUUCAUGGUGCUCUGCUCCACCGCGGCGACCAGUCUGGCGCUGGCGGUGUCGGCGGUGGCGCGGACGACCGACAUGGCUGUGACGAUCCUGCCCAUGGUGCUGGAGAUCUGCCGUCUCUUUGGUGGCUUCUUCCUGUCGCCCGCCAACCUGCCCAAGUACUUUUCCUGGCUGGACGCCCUGUCGUACUGCAAGUACACGUACGUGGGUAUCUCCCUCAACGAGCUCCACGGCCUGGACCUGCACUGCACCCCCAACCAGCUCAACGCGGCCGGGCAGUGCCCCAUCACACGCGGCGAGCAGACGAUCAAGUCGCUGGGUCUGGACUACAUCAGCAUCGCCGACUGUGUGGGCAUCCUGAUUGGCUACAUUGUGAUUUGCCGCAUCAUAGCCUACCUCGGAGUGCGCUUCCUGAAGCACUGAAAGCACUGGAGGGGCCGUGAGCAAGAGGGGUGAGCUUGGCAUGGUGUAGCAUUUGGAGGCGGCAGUGAGGGAGGUAUGGCGCGUUGGGGCUGUGCCAAUCCAACUGGGUGUUUUGUGGUUGCUUGGAGAAUGCAAAUGGGUGUGUUGGAUUGCGUUUUGUGAGGCCAGGGACUCGCCUUGUUAUAUUCGCAUUACACGUCACAAGGCGUGGCAAGUAGAUAGGGGAUAGGGGAGGUAUAGGAUAGCUCUUGAGCAUGGAUGUCCGGCUGAAUGUGAAUAUCAACGUGCGAGUGGACCCAUGGGACACUCAUGGACUGCAUGCGUUGCAUGGGCCUAGCUGCGUAGUAGGUUACAUUCGUGGGCGUUCUGGCUGGGGUUUUCUUUGUUCUGGAUAUUAGACUGCUGGGAAAGGCAGGAGAAGUGCUUUAGGGUCCCUAGAUUGUGUAUUACAACACAGGAUUUUGGUGGCGCUUGUUACCGCGCGUUACCGGCAGUGGAAAGUGCAGACGGGCAUACACCGUGAGGGGAUCACGGCAUGGCUUACGGAUCAAGCGUGGCAGUAGCCAUUAACAGAGAGCAUGUUUAGCGUUAGAAACCUAAUCGUUUAGAAACUCCUUCCAGUGUCGAGGGCGAGAGCCCCUUUGCUGCUUUGCUAUGUAUCUAUAUACUCCGGUGCCUGUCCUAUGGUGCUGGAAGCAAACUCAACACCGCGUAGAACAAGUCUGUACCGGUAGCCAUUAUUGCGUUCGACUAUGUUUGUAUUGGAUAUCUGGAUUCAACCGGCAUUGCAUGUGCUGUGAUGCUGUUGAUGCCCAUGGGUAGCUGCCAGACGCUUUUCCUCGGAAGGUUCUGCGCUGGGCGCCUGCAUGUACUAGUAAUAUUCCCUAAUAUGCGUGGGGCUCGUACUCGACUGUUCGUACUGCCCUUUUUCAUAAUUUUCCUACGAUUGGCACAAAGGCCUCAAGGCCAUACGUUCUGUUUAAUGGGUUGCGAAGUGGCUUCAAACAGGUAUGUGUUCAACUGCUCAUGCAGAUGAAGGCUGUUAAUACGUCGUACAAUCCUCCCGUACAAGGGUACAAUCAUCUGUGAUGUGCUGUCAUGGCGCUUGAUUAGUGCGCUUCUAUGUCUUAACUGAUGCUUCUGUUGCAUGGCAAUUUAUCGCCUUUCACAUAAUGACUUCUGUAGGGGCUCAGCAGCUUUCCUGUAACGUACGCAACUGCCG